AUCUGUGGAUACUGGUGGAGAAUUUGGCAGUUGGAACUUAAUUUCCACAACAACGCGUAAAGACUUUGACUUCGUAACUCCUUUGCUAUCUUUUCUAUAUCACUAUUCUUGUAUAUAAUAUCGGGUUAUUUCUGAAAGAACCAAAAAAUAAUGAGAAAUUAGUUUUUUAGUAAGAAGGUAGAGAGAGAUAGGAAGAGAAAUAAAGAAAGAGAGAGUGAAUUUGGUUAGUUUGUGAAUUUGUGUUUUUUUCUUCUAUAUUAGACCUAAUUUCCCAUAUAAUAUCUUAAAAUUUGUUAACUAAAAUAGUUGGCCGAUUUAUUCGUCCGGAUCAGUGGAGCUGACUUCUUCAGUGAUGAUGUGUUCUCUGGAGUUCCAUGACUGAACCAGAUUUCGAAUCUUCAAAGGAGACGAUAAGAUGAAGAUUAACAUUUCAAAGGCCUUGUUGUAUCUCUUGACGAGUUGGCUAUUUUUGUACCGGGAAACGAGUUGCUAUUUUCGUACUCCUUUGCUAUGUUUUGAGCUCGAUAUUCACAAGUUUCGAGUUAACAAAUUUCGAUAUUCACAAUUGUCAAAAAGUUAUCUUGUUCCCAAUCCCAGUGAUGUUGGUGGUAGUUUAAAGAGAGUAAGACCACCAGUUCAUAAGCCACUUUCUAAUGAUCAUCAAGGAUCAUCUUGGGAUUUCGCUCCAGAAAAUGAAAUUGUUAGGCGGCCCAGUUCCUCUGUUUCUUCUAACAAAGGAGACGAAGUGGAAAGAGAAAUAGAAACGGAAGCCAAGUUUCUCCCUGGAUCUAUCAUCACGUCGUGGCAGAAGGGUCAACUUUUGGGACGAGGAUCAUUUGGCUCCGUGUAUGAAGGCAUUUCGGGAGAUGGAGACUUCUUGGCUGUCAAGGAAGUUUCACUACUUGAACAAGGAAGUCAAGCACAAGAAUGCAUACAACAACUAGAGGGGGAGAUUGCACUACUCAGUCAGCUGCAGCAUCAGAAUAUAGUGAGAUAUCGUGGUACUGCCAAUGAUGGGUCGAAUUUGUACAUCUUCCUUGAGCUUGUAUCCCAAGGGUCCCUUUUAAAAGUCUACCAAAGAUACAAGCUUACUGACUCUGUAGUGUCCAUGUACACAAGGCAAAUUCUUGAGGGCUUGAAAUAUCUCCACGGUGAAGGUUUUAUUCACCGAGACAUCAAAUGUGCAAAUAUAUUGGUGGAUGCCUGUGGAGCUGUUAAGCUUGCAGAUUUUGGAUUGGCAAAGGUGUCAAAACUGAACGAUAUUAAGUCCUGCAAGGGAACUCCCUUCUGGAUGGCUCCAGAGGUGUACUUUCUAUUCUUGAUUAUGUGAACAACAUAUGGAGUUUCAACAUAAUUGUGGGAUCUCAGACCCAUUUUUCCGCUAAUGCUAUGAUCUGUGGUUGAUAAAAUCAACCCAACCCCGGUUUAUAUGUCCCAUAUGUAUUUGGUCAAUCCGGAUUUAGUUUUAAUUUUCGUUUAUUUCAGUUAAUUGUUAUGAUUCGGCUUUCACUGUACUUUAGGCAGUACUUGUAUGGUUGAGUCUGAACGGAACAUAACAAUUUAAUCAGGUUAUUAACCCGAAGAGUACUGGUGGGUAUGGAAAUUCUGCGGAUAUAUGGAGCCUUGGAUGCACAGUCCUGGAAAUGCUUACUGGUCAUAUCCCCUACUGCGAUCUAUCCCCAGUUCAAGCCCUCUUUAGGAUCGGCAAGGGUGCGCUUCCGGACAUACCUAAUACACUAUCACUGAACGGUCGGGAUUUUAUAACUAAAUGUCUUAUUGUGAACCCGGUAGAGCGGCCAACUGCGGCUGAGCUGCUGAACCAUCAAUUUGUGAGAAGGCACUUAUCAUUCUCAGGCUCGGACUCGGGAAUUGGAUCAGGAUCUCGGCAGCUCCACAGAGUAGGCUAAGAUAGUAAAUUGCCUACACUGAUGUAAGCUUUUGUUUAUGUUUUCAUGACAAUAUAUAAGAAUCAAGAGCUGUCGAUUCUUAAAUUGAUAUCCUAAUGUAUGAGAUCAAGCGUAGGCAGAAGUUUGUGGGAGAUCAGACCCCAUAGAAACUAAACACUAGUGGAGAGACUUGAUAUAUGAUUUUCCAACACACGUCCGGUUCAGUUUGGCAGUAAGAGCUAAACUGCCUGGAGGAGAAAUAUCCUUUAGGUUGUUUUGUAAA